CACCCGCAAUCUUUGAGCGAUACAAGCAGACAUCACGGCGCGUCACUCAACCGGACAACAUCUAAAGUCUAUCCGAUCAAUGAGCUCUUAUUUUCCAAUUAAGUAAUAAUUGUGUCCGCGUUAACGUCUUCUUUGUGACUUUAACCUUUGCCUUGCAGCGGGAUGAGGCUGUGAAUGUCGCGUUUCGCAUCUUUUCGCUCCGGUUGAAGCCGCAGGAUUAUGUGAUUAUGUUGGCGAUGCGCUGCCUCCUCCUGUGGGCUGCGGUCACCGCGCGACUCGCCGUGACAGGCUGGGGCAGCAGCAUCAAGCGGGAAGGAGCGUCGCGAGGACGCGAACUGAACGCGUAUGCGGAGGAGCGCACGCAACCUCAACGCCUGCUGCAGCGGACUGACGCGGAGGAGGAGCUGCCGCACGCGCACCUGCGUACACUAGUGAAGACAGAUGCUGAUGGAGCGCAUCCGAUUCAUCUGGCACAGAUCUCAUUCCUGGUGAAGGCCUUCGGCAUCUCAUUCAUUUUAGAUCUGGAGCUCAACCACGAUCUCUUGUCAUCUAACUAUGUUGAACGGCACUUUGAUGAGGACGGGCAGCCUUUUCAGAGUCUGGGUGGAGAGCACUGUUACUAUCAUGGUCAUGUAAGAGGUGUUCAGAGGUCAUGGGCGGCAAUUUCCACCUGCCACGGCCUUCAAGGGAUGUUCUUUGAUGGAAACUUCUCAUAUGGCAUCGAGCCAGAGCACAACAGCCACUCGAAGGAGGAAAACACUCAUCUUGUGUACAGAAUAACAGAUGUGUGGCUCACACCAGACUCUUCAGGAAGCAGUGGAAACAACAGCGACUCUGACAGUAACAAUGAUUCUCCCAUUUCUACGGAGACGUACGAGCCAGAGCUCACAGAUGGGCUGAGACGGGAAAAAAGACAGGUUCGGAGGGGACCGCGCACCGUUCAGAGUGAAACCAAGUAUGUAGAGCUACUAGUGGUCAAUGACUAUGAACUGUUUGUGCAGAUGCGGAGAUCUGCCCCUCAGACGAGGAACUUUGCCAAAGCUGUGGUGAACAUGGCUGAUGCUAUCUACAAGGAGCAGCUUAACACCAGAAUAGUUAUUGUCGCCAUGGAGACGUGGUCAUCUCAAAACAUGGUUUCUGUUGGCGAUGACCCUCUGGUGACCCUGCGCGAUUUUAUGAAAUACAGGAAGGAGAAUAUCAAAGAGAAGAGUGACACGGCUCACCUGCUCUCGGGACGCACAUUUCAGAGCAGACGGAGUGGUACUGCAUACAUUGAGGGCAUCUGCUCGGCGACACGAGGAGGAGGAGUCAACGAGUAUGGAAAUGUGGGGCCCAUGGCUGUCACCUUGUGCCAGAGUUUAGGUCAGAACCUUGGAAUGAUGUGGAAUAAGGAGCGUGCUACAGCAGGUGACUGCAGGUGUCCAGAUCCAUGGCUCGGUUGUAUUAUGGAAGAUACGGGAUACUAUCUACCCAGAAAGUUUUCACGGUGCAGUAUAGAAGAGUACAUUCAGUUCUUGCAGCAGGGAGGAGGGAGCUGCCUCUUCAAUAAACCCAACAAGUUGUUGGAUCCCCCUGAAUGUGGAAAUGGAUUUGUGGAACAGGGAGAAGAAUGUGACUGCGGCUCUCAAGUGGAAUGCUCUCGUGCUGGAGGAGCAUGCUGUAAGAAAUGCACUCUUACCCAUGAUGCAAUGUGCAGCAAUGGACUUUGUUGCAGCCGCUGCAAGUAUGAGCAGAGAGGGGUGGUCUGCAGGGAUGCAGUGAAUGACUGUGAUGUACCGGAGGCGUGUUCUGGAGAUUCCAAUAAAUGUCCUCAUAAUGUCCACAAACUGGAUGGCUAUAUGUGCGAUGCAGGACAGGGCCGCUGUUAUGGGGGCCGCUGUAAAACGAGGGAUGCGCAGUGUCAGGCUCUUUGGGGUCACAAUGCAGCAGAUCGCAUGUGUUAUGAGCGGCUGAACACUGAGGGGACAGAGCGGGGCAACUGCGGUCAGGACCCCAGCUCGCAGGCCUGGAUUCAGUGCAAUAAACAGGAUGUGUUGUGUGGGUUUUUAUUGUGCACUAAUAUUACGGUGAAACCACGGUAUGGAGACUUACAAGGAGAAAUCACAAGUCUUACCAUCUACCAUCAGAACAAGUACCUGGACUGUCGUGGGGGUCAUGCGGUGUUAGAAGAUGGCACGGAUCUUGGGUAUGUGGAGGAUGGAACACAGUGCGGUCCUAAUAUGAUGUGUCUGGACCAUCGCUGUCUGCCUGUAACCACCUUCAACCUGUCGUCCUGUCCUGGGUCAUCAUCAUCUCUUGUGUGCUCUGAUCACGGGACAUGCAGUAAUGAGGUGAAGUGUAUCUGUGACUCAGACUACACCGGAAAGGACUGCAGUGUGUAUGACCCCAUCCCAGAUCCCCAGCCUCCGGACGGACCUGAGAAAUACAAAGGUCCCAGUGGUACAAACAUCAUCAUUGGCUCUAUAGCAGGAGCGAUACUGCUGGCAGCUAUAGUACUGGGAGGAACCGGAUGGGGCUUCAAAAAUAUCAGAAGAGGAAGGUAUGAUCCUGCCCAACAAGACAUGUGAUGUCGUACACCCAGCACAUACAUCAGCCCUGUUUUCAUAUCUUAGUAAUCAC